CAGUUUAACAAUUAACACAGCCACUACACUCUGAAAGGCAUUAAACUGAGAGUCCUUGUAAAAUGUGUUAAGAUAUGCCAAUAACCGUUCAUCAAACUGCUGCUGUUUUACCUUUUGGCCUCUAGGUGGCAAUGUUUCACUGCAGAGCUGAAUGUUUCCCUCUGCCUUCAGCAACAACACAUUUAUUCCUGUAAGAAGCCAGACAGCAGAAGGUGAUAUGUGUGUCUGUGUUCACAGGGUGGGAUCAGGACAUUAUACAGCAUAUGGCAGCCACGAGGGUCGGUGGUACCACUUCAACGACAGCACAGUGACUCUGACCAAUGAGGACACGGUGAGGAAGGCCAAGGCCUACAUCCUCUUCUAUGUGGAGAGGACUGAACAGGAGGCCUCGGACAAGACGGCCAGGAACAAGCCUGCUGUGGACACAGCAGCCAUGGACAGUGGUCCCUCAGAAGCAGUUGCUCAGGACAAGGCUGCAGCAGCAGAUACGGUUGCCACAGACAUGGUUUUGAUGGCUGUGCCAGCCUCACACAUGAAUACCCAGGACCUGGCAGUCCCAGAUAAUGCUGCAUUGGAAAAUGUGGGUGAAGACAUGGCUGAACUGCAUAAAGCCGACACAGCUUCAACGGAGGCUGCGACAGAUAGGGAUACCUCAGACAAGGCUGCAAGAGAGGAAGCCAGCCAAGCUAUACAAGCCGUUGCACAAUGAUUCUGUCAGACUGCCUCAGACCAGCUCCUCACUCCAUGUUGUCUUCACCUCAAUCACAUUUCUCACAGUGCUUGAUUUUAAAUAGUUAAUUUCCACAUUUUAAUGUAAGGAAGUCCAACUAUUUAGUUGAUUAUGACCUGCUUGACAGCAACAUGCAAAAUUUGCUGCUUGAAUUUUGUUAGAAUUACUUUUUGUGCGUAUUUUCUUGAUGUUAUAUCCUGAAUCAGUUGAGGUAGACUUCUCUUUGUCAUAGAUUCCAAAGGUUUACGAUAAUGAACUAAAGCUGUAGUGUUGGAAAACUCUCAGUUGGUCCAAUGUAGCCUAGACUGAACAUAUUGAUUGUGUCAAGACACUGUCAUUGUAACAAUAUUUGGAGUUUCUAUUGUUUUGUUUUUAAAGUGUCUAAUUUUGUCAUUCCGACCUCUAGAGAACCUUGUAGUUUUGUUUUCCAGUUAUUUGGGAAGAUUUUAGGACAUAGAAUGCAAUGCAUUUAUGGACUGACAAGUGCUAAUUAAGGCUUUAGAAAGUUGUUUUAACUUCUUAACCAGAACCAAUGUGAAAAAUCAUUAUUCUUAAAUUGUUUUGUUUGUCUGUAUUGAUGCUGAAGUUUAAUUUGCCAUUUUACGUUGAUCCUGAGGAAAUUCUCUUUUUAAAAACAUGUAUCGGACAAAGUUAACAUGACAAAAUACAAUCUUUUUCAAACCUGUUUCGUUUUUUUUCAUCCAUGGAAAAAAA